CUGUCAAAUUUUCACAUUCUGCCAUUUCGGACCGAUUGCAAUUGUACUGCGCCAGAAAAUCGUCUAUUUUUCUGUAUCGCCGCAAACUCGUUUCCCGCAGAAUUCGAAAUGGCUGAUCUUGGUGCUCCAGUCCGCGUAUCCCCACUGAUCCGGUUUGGCCGUUGGUCGUUCCUGGUCGUCGGAGUUGCCUACGGUGCGUACCAUCAGCAGCGCCUGGCUAAGCGUGAGGUUGGCAUUCGCGAAAUCGAAGCACAACAGAAGGUUAUCCGUGACGCUAAGCUGGCCGAGGAGAAGAAGCGAAACCAGGAAGCCGAAGCUAAGGCCAUCGCUGAGCUGUCCAUGCCGACCAAGAAGUAAACAGCGAAAAGAUGAAUCUGCUUCCAUUCUAAGGCACUAAAACAAACAACCACCAUCCCGCGUCGUAACUUUUCGUGACAGCCCACGCCGGGUCGGAUACUGUUCGGAUGUACCGUGUGUGUUCAGCUCACCGGAAUCGAUGGAAUUUCGUUUAAUGAAAGAAUCAACGGCAAUGCAGUACAGAAGGGUCUGUGGAGGAUAAAAGCAUCAUCCUGUUCAAUUAGAGAAGUAGAAUAUAAAUCGAAUGGUCGAAUGUAA